AUGCCGCUUUCAAAAAAAGAAAUCGUCAAUACGCAGUUGGGGUGUUCAAACUCUAAUAAUGCAAGUGCUCAAGUCAAGUCGAAAAAACCUUCAACUCCAUUUGCUACGCAAAAAACCCUAUUUUCGUAUAUUCAAAAGGGUUUGCCUACUCCAAGUCCUGGAGAAAGUCGACCGGAAAGGCACGGAGGAAAGGAGCAGAUACCAAUGACUCCAAAGACACCUAGCACAAGGAGUUCAAACCUGGAAAAAUCUAAUGGAGACAUAGAGGAAGAAAGUUUGGAGUCUGAGGAGCCAAAUUUUGGAAGGAGGACUCUUCGAAAAAGGGUCAAACGCAGAAUAUAUGUCUCAUCGGAGGAAGAAGAGGACGACGAUAUCCUGACGCAAAAGAAACCACGCAAAAAGCAAAAUGGGGAUGAUGAAUUUGUCUGUGACUCUCGUAUGGAUGAAGAAAGCGACGGAGCCGCAAUGAGUGAUGUUGUUCAAAAUGAGAGUAAUUGUGAAGACGAAGAGUACAAUAAACCCAAGCGAUCUAAUCGAUCCAAAAAACAAGUCUCGGCUACCUCGGGAUCUUUAAUUAGCGCACAAGAUAAACUAAAGACCUUCGCUGCUGCCACAAAUACACGCCGUGGAACAUCAUUUUUGCCUUCAAGCCUUAUGACCGAUUUCGAAAAAAAAAAGCAACGUGCUGCUGAUUUUAAAGCAAAAAAUGAGGAACGAUAUCAAUGGUUACUUAACGUCAAGGACGCAGAUGGAAAUCCGGAAGGAUCUCCUGGUUAUGAUCCUCGGACGUUGUACAUUCCCAAAUCAGCCUGGGAUAGAUUCACGCCAUUCGAAAAACAAUUCUGGGAAAUCAAGUCACAACAUUGGGAUACGGUUGUCUUCUUCAAAAAAGGAAAGUUUUAUGAACUAUAUGAACGGGAUGCCGAUAUUGGCCAUACGGAGUUUGAUCUUAAGCUUACAGAUCGUGUCAACAUGCGUAUGGUCGGCGUACCCGAGAUGGCAUUUGAAUCCUGGGCUGCACAAUUUAUUGCUAAAGGAUAUAAGGUUGCAAGAGUGGAUCAAAUGGAAACAGCCAUAGGAAAGGAGAUGCGAGAGAAAUCUAAUAAUAAAAAGGCGAGAAUCGUGUAUUUGACAAGCGUAUUUUCUAAAUGUGUGCAUGCGGAUUUUAACAUUUCUCAAUUACAGGAAGAUAAAGUCAUCCGACGUGAAUUGACAUCUAUUCUAACUGCUGGUACUAUCGUGGAUGGGGGAUUGCUGACUAAUGAUAUGUCAACUUAUUGCAUGUCAAUUAAGGAAGAAUGUCAUUCCGAGGGUGCCCCCCCUGCUUUCGGAAUCUGCUUUGUCGAUACUGCGACCGCGGAGUUUCACCUCACAUCUUUUGUUGAUGACAUAGAUCGCACUCAAUUUGAAACUUUGAUAGUUCAAAUUAAACCAAAAGAAAUAAUAUUCGAAAAGGGAAAGCUCAGUCAACGAUCACAGCGUAUAUUGAAGGAUACCACACAUCGUGCAAUUUGGACAGGUCUUAGACCAGAUAUUGAGUUUUGGGACGCUAGCACAACGUGUGAUGAGAUAAGAUUUUCCCGAUACUUUUCAAAGGAUCUGAAGAAAGCUUAUACUCAAGAUGAGGAUAACAUUCGCGAUGCUAUGGAAGUUGAUGAUAACGCUGACGAUGACGUGAUAAUGGAAUGUUCAAAAAGUGACGAUGGAACAGAUAAAUGGCCUUGCGCGAUAAAAGAGGCUAUGAAAAAACCGUUGAUGAUGUCUGCCUUGGGCGGACUCAUUUGGUAUUUGCGAUCGCUGAAACUCGACUCGGAGCUUGUAUCUCUCCAGAAUUUUCAUAUAUAUGACCCGAUUCGUCAUAGUAAUUCUCUUAUUCUUGAUGGUCAAACUCUAGCGAACCUUGAGAUAUUCGAGAAUAGUCUGGACGGAAGUGACCGGGGAACUGUGUUUAAGCUUUUAAACCAUUGCAUAACUCCGUUUGGAAAACGUACCUUUAAACGGUGGUUGUGCCAUCCGCUUCGUAACGUUGACGCAAUCAAUGAACGUUUGGACGCGGUCGAAGAAUUAAAUUUGAUUCCUGCGUUUCAGGAAUCAUUUUGCACUAUCUUUUCCCAUUUUCCUGAUCUCGAACGUUUGAUCAGUAGAAUUCAUGCAAAAACUUGCAAAGUGAAAGAUUUUUUGCUUGUGCUGACGGCUUUCGAAAAUUUAAUGAAGGCAGUUGCGAACCUCAGUGGUUUUACGAGUCAAUUCAAGUCAAAAAAGCUGCUUAAAUUGUUUGACUAUGUUCCUGAUUUGAAGCCAAUGCUUCAAUAUUUCAAGGAUGCUUUUGACCGUCAGAAAGCAGAAAACGAAGGUCAUUUGAUUCCCUACCCUGGUAUCGAAAAGGAUUAUGAUGAAAUAAAGGAUAAUCUUCGUGCAAUUGAUAAGCAGCUUGCCGAUCACUUGGCAGAAGCGAAUAGAAAAUUAAAGACAACAAAAAUUGUAUACAAAGAUGUGGGCAAGGAAAUAUAUCAGCUUGAAGUUCCUAACACAAUAAAGGUUCCAGAUGAUUGGAGAAAAUUGUCACGUACACAGAAAGUCAAUCGUUAUUGGAAUCCAACACUUCAGAAACUUAUCAGAGAUUUACAGGAAGCUCAAGAAGUGGAAUCUGGAAUUUUAAAAUCCAUCAAAGGAAGAUUCUAUGAGAAAUUUGAUGCUUGCUAUCACGAAUGGUUGCGGGCGGUCAAAUUUAUCGCAGAACUUGAUUGUCUGUUGAGUUUGGCCAAAAGUUCAUCGGCGUUGGGUGAACCGUGCUGUCGACCUCAAUUUGUGUUACAGGGCCCUAGUGUAUUAGAAUUUGAGGAACUUAGGCAUCCUUGUAUCAUCUCGGGUGUGGCCAACGAUUUCAUACCCAAUGACACUUUUGUGGGUGGCGAUCAACCAAACAUCAUAUUAUUGACGGGACCUAAUAUGGGUGGUAAAUCCACGCUUUUGAGACAGAAUUGCAUCGCAAUUAUCAUGGCACAACUUGGUUGCUAUGUUCCCGCAAGGAGAUGCCUUAUGACACCUUUCGACAGGAUCUACACGCGCAUCGGUGCUAACGAUAAUAUCUUAGCCGGUCAAAGUACGUUCAUGGUAGAAUUGAGCGAAACAUCAAAGAUUCUACACGAAGCUACACCGCGAUCUAUGGUCAUUCUUGAUGAACUAGGUCGAGGGACUUCGACAUUUGACGGAUAUGCCAUUGCAUAUUCCGUUUUGCAUUAUUUAGCAACUCACAUCGGGUGCCUGGGUCUAUUCUCUACGCAUUAUGUUAUGCUCACCCAAGAAUUUUCCAAGAAUCCUAACAUCGCGCUUAAACAUAUGAGCUGUCAGGUUGAUCAGGAUCGAAAGGAAGUGACCUUUUUAUACAAAUUGGUCCCCGGUGUUUGUCCCAAAUCAUAUGGAAUGAAUGUAGCAAACAUGGCGGGAGUUCCCCGUCAGAUUGUCGACCGUGCAGAAAUAGUUGCAGCAAAAUUCGAACAAACUUCUCGGUUGCAGGACACUUUGACCGCGAACAGGUCGGGUAUUCCGAUCACAACACUCUGCGAUUUCGUUUAUCUCUUGAAAGCUGCGUCCAGGAAUGUUGAUUUGUCGGAGGAUGUGGGUGACAGAGCUUUGGACAACCAGUCGGAUCGUGAAAAAGCCGAAAGACAUGCUAAGGUGUUAAAAGCUAUUAUUCGCGGAAUAACGACGCUUUAA